AUGGCCGAAGCUGAAAGCAGUUAUCUCUUCUUCUUUGUAGCAAUGGAUUCUGAUUUGGAGUACAUAUACGAGCAAUAUGUUAAGUCAUCUGACGGCUCGUUGGACGAGGAGGAGUACUCCGAUGAGACAACAAUGAUGCAGGCGGUCCUUGAAGACGCGGAGCAUGCGGAGGAUUAUGUUCUCAAUUUCAAGGGCUCGAUCAAGGGUCAUCUAGUGCUCAGUCGCAGUAGGGCGCGCGGGCAUUUGACACUGAUGUCUGACUACUUUGCCCCCAAUGCACUAUUCAUUGACCAUUUUCGCAGGCGUUUUCAGAUGCACAAGACUGUUGUUGAUUGUUUGUAUCAUGGCGCCCGAUUCUAUGAUGACUAUUUCGUCCUAAAGAAGGACGCCGUGGGAACGAUUGGCUUCUCUGGUUACCUAAAGUGCACGGUCGCACUCUGGAUGCUUGCAUAUGGCAUGGUUGGUGAUCCAUGGGACGAGUACCUAUGGAUGUCUGAGAGCACAUGCGGAGGUGCCUGA